AUAUUUUUUUUAAUUAUCUGAUUAAUCGUCAGAAUAAUUGAUAGAUUAAUUGAUUGCUUCAAGAUUUGGGGGUAGAGGUUUUACUUUCCAGCUGGACAAAAACAAUGAGCUCAGCUCCAGCACUGCAAUAGGAUAUUUAAGAUAAAAAUACAUUUGUCUCAGAAUAACCCAGUGAAAGUCCAGACUCAAGUUCGGUUGAGAAUCCGUGGCAAAACKYGACAAUUUCAGUCUCUUGCUGCGCAAAGCUGGCAGAGACGGAUCCCGAAGACUCUCUGCUGUAACUGCAGCAAAAGGUGACUCUAGAGAGGAGGGAGCUCRAUACAGAGGCAGAAAAAAAGCCAGGAUUAUUGUUAUUUUUUUUUACAUGUUGCAGUUGUAAGCUACUUUGUGUUGAUAUAACACAUAAGACUCCAGGAAAAUAUGUUACAGUUUGAGGUUUUAAGUUGACAAAAUGUUAAUAAAUGACUUAACACUGCAAGUUAAAUGUUUUUCAUACUGGCCAAACGACGUUCCUUCUCAGUCUUCAGCCGCAGCUUCAAAGUGCCACGUCCACGGUGAUGAUCCGAUUCAUUUGCACUGCAUCACAAGAGAUAACCAAGCGGUCUCCAAAAUGGGCAACUWCUUCAGAGAUGGGCGAACUAAAAUUGAUUUUGUGCUGGUGUGGGAGAUCCGGUCACGGGGCAAGCAGCGAGGGAAGGGGAAACGCAACGGGAGCUGUGAGGAUGGGGAGUCUGCACAGCUGGCAGAGUGGAGGGACAAGUUUGUCCAGAACCUCCAGGCUGCCGGACUGCUACUGGAAAAGGAGGAAUCUGCAAAUGAAAAGAAAACCAUACAUUUUCUUAAAGUCAGCGCUCCCUGGGACGUGUUGGUUUACUACGCUGAGGAGCUUUGCCUCCGAGCUCCACUGCAGGCCCAGCAACACCUGGACCUAAACACAUCUUCUGUGGUUCUAAAAAGACUCUGCGUACCCAACAUAAUGAUGGAAUCGGUGCCAAACAGGCCGCUGGACUAUUACACCUGUGCCUUCCGCAAGUCAAAGAUGAACAGAUUCCUCGGCUCCGGAGACCAAGACGGCUACUUCACUAAUACUCAGAGACACCAAGUUGUUUAUGAGAUUCUAGCUCGGACGGUGUACGGCAAAAGAAAGAGGACGGAGGUUGGCGUGGACAGACUGGUAAAUGAAAGGGCCUACACGGCAGCUUAUCCUCUGCAUGAGGGUCCUUUCAAGCUUCCGAGCCACAAGAUCCAUCCUGACGAGCUCAACCAGAGGCAGGUCCUGCACUACUACUGGGCUCGCUGGUGCAAAUGGUUCAAGUACCAACCACUAGAUCACAUUAGGGAGUACUUUGGAGAGAAGAUUGCCCUCUACUUUGCUUGGCUAGGUAUGAAAUCAUUCUUAUUUUUGGAAAUACCUGAGUUGCUCUGUAUACUUGUUAGCAGUGGCGCAAAAAGUGGGUAU